GGCUCGUUUUAGGAUUGGCUUUACAUCCCUGCAGACCUCUGUGCUUCCCCGCUUCUCCCCGCCUCCCAACUUGCGUCCGUAUAAUCGUAUCCUCGUGGCGCCGUAGUCCCGCUGCAAGUAACCCUGCGUGCGCGUUAUCUCGCCAAUGGCGAAUCCGUUGUUCGCCGGCCAGUGGCCCACCACUCCCGAAGGCGACGAGAUUCGCACGAUUUUUGUAACCGGGUUCCCCCCAGACGCGAAGGAGCGCGAGGUGCAGAACAUGCUGCGCUGGUGGCCGGGCUACGAGGCCUGCCAGCUGACUUUCAAGGGCGACCAGCCGUUAGGGUUCGCCAUCUUCAGCACACCGGCCAUGGCGUUCGCUGCUCGAGACGCCUUGCAGGGCCUCAUAUUCGACGUGGACCACAAUUCCGUGCUGCGAGCAGAGUUGGCCAAGACCAACCUUCACAGAAGGAAGGGUUUUCCUGGGGGAGGCGAUGGCUACGACCACUCCAAGCGCGCGCGGGUGGACACCAUGGCAUCCUUUAUGCCCGGCUCUGCUGCCGCUGCUAUGGGCAGCUUCAUGCCUGCAGCAUACGACGCCUAUGCCUCCUCGUUCGCCUCCCUCCCUGCAGCCGCCCCUGCUGCUCCCGCGUCUGCUCCCAAGCAGUACUCCACCCACUCCGGACCCCCGCCAGGCAAGGUGUACCGGGACAACCCUCCCUGCAACACCCUGUAUCUCGGCAACCUGGGCUUGGGAGUGAGCGAAGCGGAGCUGAUGCAGAUAUUCAGCGUACAGCCUGGCUAUGUGCAGCUGAAGCUUCUUCGACAGGGAAUGAGCACUUGCUGCUUCGUGCAGUUUGUUGACGUGGAGGCAGCGUCAGCAGUGCACGUCGCGCUGCAAGGCAUCACUCUAGCGUCCUCUGACCGAGGGCCUGUGCGAGUGCAAUAUCCUCCUCAAUGCGCCUAUGCGCCCUGAAUGCCUCAAUGCCUCUCUGCCUCUCUGCCUCCAUGCUUCUAGGCUCUUGUGCCUUUUCCUCUAGCUUUCUCUGUCACUUCUAGCUCGUUGUUUCCCAAUUAGGAAGUUCCCCGUCCUCCUCCCCGCUCUCGCUCUCACUCUGGCGUCCUCUCACCGAGGGCCUGUGCGCGUUUAACACCCUCCUCAAGGCGCCUCUCUGCCCUUGCGCCUCUCUACCCUUGCGCCCUACAUGCUUACACGCCACACCUUCAUUGCUGUCUACCCAUCUGUUUCCCACCCGUCUGCCCUUGUGCACGCCAUACCUGCCCUGCCGUCUGUUUUCCCUGAUCAAUAUUCUCGCAUCACGUUUCGUUUCUUUUGCUCUCUGUCCUGCCUUCCAUCCAUAUUCCUUCUGAUGCACAUACUCUCACUUAACUCAUGUUUUUCUUGCCGUUUACUUUACGUCCGGCAACCAUAACGAAACCUUUCAAAAUUUUAUGUUUUUUUUCUGCCACUGACUGUUCCGCCGUAUUCGUCAGAUCGACAAGUUGUUGAUCCUCCUCUCCUUUAUCUGUCCUUCACUCGUUCAAGCACACAGCUUUCCUUGACCCCUCCCCCCCCCACCACUUCUCCCGUCCUCUCCCGCUCCCCUUCUCUC